AUGGCAAAGUUAACAGUUGGAGAAGGUAUCAACUUCUGUUUUGCCAAGCUGUUACUUGAACAUGGAUGCAACUGCGUGCUGGCAGAUCUAGCCCUGCGACCAGAGGCAAAGGCGCUUGUGGAAAAGUAUUCAACGUCGGAUCCUAGAGCCAUAUUCCAACCAACCGACGUCACCGACUGGGUCCAGUUGGAGAAACUCUUCGAAGUCGCAGCAGGACAAUUUGGGGAGAUAGAUAUCGUUUGCCCUGGAGCAGGUGUUUAUGAGCCACGUUCCUCAAGCUUCUGGUAUCCUCCGGGUUCGAAUGAAAGCCGUGAUUCUCCUACCGGGUCCAGGUAUGCCCAACUUGAUAUCAACCUGAUCCACCCGAUCCGCACAACGCAGCUAGCGAUUGCGAAAUUUGCAAAUUCCAAAACGCCCAAAUCCAUCAUUCACAUUUCAAGUAUCGCGGGCCAAGUAGCAUCGUUGAGCACGCCCCUCUAUGUCGCAGCCAAACAUGCUCUCAGCGGCUUUGUGCGGUCACUCGCAAAACUAGAUAAGAUUGGAAUCCGAGUCACAGCGGUUGCGCCGGGGUAUAUCAAAACGCCUUUGUGGACUGAGAGCGCCGAUAAAAUGGCCAUGGUAGACGAGAGCAAGGACGGCUGGGUGACGCCGGAAGAGGUCGCAACUGUUAUGUUGGCACUAAUUCAGGAAGACCAUAUUAGCGAGUCUAUUCUGGGGCAGCCGACGGAUGGUGAUGAGGUGAUUCCUGUCAAAGGCGGCACGAUUCUGGAAGUUUCAAAAUCAGUCCGCAAGGUGUCCAUGUUUGAUGACCCCGGGCCGCUGGGAAGGCCAGGGAACUCGAUGGGAGACCAAAGAGCAGCGGAGGAAGGCUUUCUAGCAUUAGUCCAGUCCGGUAGUUGGGGCGAAGCCGUAGCGAAUUGA